CCAUAUGAAAAUAGAAAUGACGACACUAGGACAAUGAUGAACCAGGUGUUCUUAGACAGCUAUUUAAUGAGCAUUUCAAUUUCAUACAUUGAUGGAGGAUUGUCCCCUUUCCGUUUGAAUUGCUAAAUUGAUAAGUUGUAGAUUGUGCAAGAAAUUUGGGUCUUUCCCUAGCUUACUACGAUUACAAAUUUACAAACUUUUUACCUAAAGGGCGACCUUUCUGUUUCCCUGAAGACAAUACGCAGCCCCAUAUGUACUCGAACGCUAAGUGUUCUUGUCUCUAGCUUGAGAACAUGUAUUUAUUUAUUCCAUUUCUUUACCCCAGUGUACACCAAAACAGUUUAAAAAUUGGUUUCCAUUGGAGCCCGGCAUACAUUACAAAUUAUCAGUUCAACUCAGCUCUGAAGAAAAAGUACAUGUGAUCAUUGGUGAAACAUAUCGACAAACAUGUCAGUGGUGACUUUAAAAAAACGGGUAAAAACGCAUCUAUCGGAGAACAUUGAGAGAACAGUGGUUUAUUUGAGGAUCAGAUUCUAUAUACGGUAAACAAAUUUGAGAAAAUGCUAAACUUCAUACAUUUAUUUGAAACAAAAAUUCAUUCUUAAAAAAAAGGAAGAGGGCGGUAUACAUCGUGACCACGGUGUUUUAGCCAUGGGACCUCAUCAUCGCAUGCAACGGAGACAGUUUUUUUUAUAAGAAGAAAGGGUAAAACAUACAGGCCUAAAAAAUUACAGGUGCCAACAUCUUGUACAGCGCCCUCUAUAAUAUGGUGACCAGUCCCCCCCCCCCCCCCCCCAAAUGUUGACAAUAAUAUUAUUGCUAGCUGAACGCACGUGACCCAUAUCGAUUAUCGAUAUCAUCAAAGAUCUUCCUAUAUAGCGCAGGAUCUCUUAUCACUACAGUAGUAUCUGCUGGAUCGCGGCAAAAGGAUGCCUUGAAAUGGAGGACAAGAGCGCAAAUGGGGAUUGCGAGGAGAAGCAAAACGAUGGCCUCUCCAGCAGUGCUGCUGACAAGACGGAGAAGACUUCAGUUGAGGGAGAUGUGGACGAUGACCAGGAGAAAGUUGUCAUUGUCCCCCAUCUGUCGCUGUUCAGCGCAGCAGCCAUCAAUGUAGGCAGCGUGGUCGGCUCCGGGUUGUUCAUAUCCCCUAAGGGGGUCGUUGCCGGCUGCGGCUCGGUAGGCCUCUCCAUGGUGAUGUGGCUCGUCUGCGGACUCAUCUCCCUCCUCGGAGCCCAGUGCUUCGCAGAGAUCGGGGCCAUGUUGCCUCAGUCCGGGGGGACUUUCUCCUACUUGCAUGUCAUGUUUGGAGACCUGGUGGCUUUUCUGUACAUGUGGGGCAAGGUUGUGCUUGCUCUGCCUGCCUCCUGUGCCCUCAUAGCGCUCUUGUUCGCCGAGUACUCCCUGCAGCCGUUUUUUGAUGUCAAUCCAUUGUGUUCGCUCCCCAAAGAAGCAGUGUGGUGCCUUGCAAUAUUCAGUUUGUGUGUAGCAACUGCUGUAAAUUUUCAUAGUGCUCGCUUGGCUACCAGAGUGAAUAACGUUCUCGCCAUUUGCAAAGUGGCAUCGUUGUUAAUCAUCACAAUCGCAGGCUUUGUUGCUCUUUUCCAAGGAAAAACAGACAAUUUUCAGGAUGCAUUCCGUGGGAGUACUUAUGACAGUCUUGGAGGCGCAUUGUACAAUGGUCUUUACUCUUACGCGGGAUGGUAUGCAAUUGGUUUGGUCGGUGGGGAAAUCAAAAAACCCGAAAAAAAUCUUCCCAGGGCCGUUUAUCUUUCUGUUCUUCUCAUCAUUGCUAUUGUUAUCCCCACCAACAUUGCUUAUUUUGUCGUCUUGAGCCCUGAGGAGAUGAUGCAGGCGGAUGCAGUUGCCAUGACAUUUGGCAGCAAAGCCCUUGGUAAGGCCUCCUUUCUCAUGCCGGUCUCUGUUGCCUUAGCAACCCUCGGAAGUCUCAACUCUAGUCUUUUCUCCUAUGCCAGGUUGUACCAGGCUGCAGCAGCCAAAAAUCACCUCCCAAAGAUCGUGUCAAUGAUCAACAUCAAUCGCAGAACCCCAAAUCCGGCAGUCAUCCUCAUAAGCUUCACAAUCCUGCUGUUCAUCUUUGCUCCCAAUCUGUUUUCACUCAUCAACUACCACAGUUGCUUCACGUGGUUAUUUUGUGGGGCGGCCGUUCUAGGACAGGUGAUUCUUCGCUUCAAAGAGCCCAAUAAGCCACGGCCUUACAAGAUCAACAUCCUUAUUCCAAUCAGUUUUGUUGUCAUCUGCGUUUUUCUGCUCAUAUUUGGCACGAUCAAUUCUCCCAUGGACACACUCAUCGGCAUGGCGAUCAUUUUCUCCGGUGUUCCUGUGUAUUAUAUAUUUGUUCAACCGAGGAAGCAACUGAAAUGGAUCGGAAUUUCUUCAAGACUGAUCACACACUGGAUGCAGAAGUUGUUCCUUGUCAUUGAGGAGGAAAAGUAAAACAUAAAACAA